AUGACUAGUAUCUUUUCUGAUCUCAUGGAGAGUUGUCUGGAAGUCUUUAUGGACGAUUUCAGUGUAUGUGGGACUUCUUUUGAUAGCUGUUUAGAGAACUUAGCUAAAGUCUUAGAGAGGUAUGUUAACACUAACCUUGUCCUCAAUUUUGAAAAAUGUCACUUCAUGGUGAGACAAGGCAUAAUGUUAGGUCACGUAGUUUCUAAUAAAGACAUUUCUGUGGACCCGGCCAAGGUUGAUGUCAUUACUAGUCUACCUCACCCCUCUUCUGUGAGGGAGGUUCGCUCUUUUUUGGGACAUGCAAGAUUCUACAAGCGCUUCAUCAAGAAUUUUAGUAAGAUUGCCUUGCCGAUAUCGUACCUGCUACAGAAGGAUAUAGAUUUUGAGUUUGAUAGUGCUUGCGAGGAAGCAUUUGAGGAGUUGAGAAGAGCCAUUACCACAGCACCAAUUGUGAGGGGCCCUGAUUGGAUGCAGCCGUUUGAAAUCAUGUGUGACGCGUCAAAUCAUGCCGUAGGCACCGCACUUGCGCAGUGCGAGGGUAAGCUCCCUUACAUUGUUGCUUAUUCCUCAAAGGCAUUGGAUGCGAUCAUGCAGCCUUAA